CUCUCUCUCUAUCUAGUAUAUGUAUGUGUGGGUGCUCCUGCCUCUGUGCUGAAGUACCAAUCCGCGGUCAGUUGGCACUGGACUGCAAUGGCGAACAGACGUGAUAUUGAAGCGAUGAGAACAUACACAAGAGACGCUUCACCACAUCACUUUAAGUUGGAAUUAAAGUCGUACUCCUCAUUAUCAACCACGAGCGCAACAAAGUAUGAAUCUAGUGCCUUUGAAGCUGGCGGUCACAAAUGGAGGUUGGCACUUUACCCAAAUCAAAUGAUAAAUGGACGUUGUUACAUCUCCCUCUACUUGGCAACAGCAAAAUCAAGCGUUCCUUCUUUGAGAUCAGUGCACAGUGGUAUUAGUGCACCGCGUUCUUUGGUAUCAUUAUACAAUGGUAUUAGUGACGGGGAAGACGUUUAUGUCACUUUCAGAUUGUUUGUAUUUGAUCAGAACCAGCAGAAAUAUCUUACCGUCGAAGAUCGUGCCGGAACAUUAAGCCUAUUUGAUCGCGUGACAACGGAGGUGGGUUUUGCAAAAUUUCUCCCCCACGAUACUUUCAAGCUUCCUUCUGAGGGAUACCUUCUGGAUGACUGCUGCACAUUUGGGGCGGAGGUUUUUGUUAAUACGAGUGGGAGGACGAGAUAUAGAGAAUCUCUUUCCCGGAUAAACAAUUCCAUGUUCAAACCCCCUUUCCGUUAUGAUUUGGUAAACUUCUCGUCGCAAUUUGGGCUGGAGCACUUAUGUCCAAAUCUGAUCAUUUUUGGAGAAAGAAAAUGGCAGCUAUGUGUUUAUCCAAAAGGAUACGGGCAACAUAAGGACAUAUCACUAUCACUUUACCUACGAUCGGCCGACGAUUUGUACACCCUUCCCAGCGUUUAUGCAGAAUUCAGGCUUCGGGUAGUGGAUCGAGCCUUUAAUUUACACCAUAUUGAACGAACAGGCAAACACUGGUUCCUGUCCUCGGACAACACUUUUGGUUGGUUAGAUUUUAUGCCGUUGCGAACUUUAAAUGACCCUUCAAAGGGGUUCCUGAGGGAUGAUAUAUUAUCUGUUGCAGUUGAAAUGCUGGUUAGGCAUGGGUCCUAAAAAUAGAGAGAUAUUGUAUUUGAAGCCAUGUUGCGGAGAUGUCCCAAUUAUGUGUUGAUUUUAUCAGUUACUUUUCAAGUUUGAAUUCAUCAAUGAAUAAUAAAUAAUGUUUUGUUU